AUGGUAUGCAGUACGGCCUGCAACAACAGCGCCAUCGUGCCAUGCAAAAUUGAUGGUUUCGUUGGGUGUUGGGUGGUGGUGGGGAUUGUGGGGAUAAAGUGGCUGCUUUAUGGGCGACCAAGGAGCAGGACAUCCAGGGAGCUGGGAACUUUGGACCUCUAA